CAGCGACAAACCCAACGCGGCUUAGAAGCAGAACAGCAGCAAGCAAUAGUAAGACAAUGGCCAGCGGCGACAAUUCAACCCUUUAUGUUCUUUACGGAUCCGCCACCGGCAACGCGGAGGGCAUCAGCAAGGACCUGACGGCCGAACUCAACGAGAAAAAGGAAAGCCGCCUGCCGGCUCCCUUUUCGAAAGCUGUCUGCCUGGAACUCAACCAGUUCAAGAAGUGCAUGAAGGUAUGGGAGACAGCUCCGAGCAAUCCCGGACAAAAGCACGGUGCCAUUCUGGUGUCCAGCACCACCGGGAACGGCGACCCCCCGGAGAACGCAGGUCGGUUCACGCGAUUCGUGAAGAAACAAAACAGGGACAAAUCCAACCCGAAACCCUUUGAGCACGUUGCGUACGCCGUGCUGGCACUGGGAGAUACCAACUACGACCAAUUUUGCGAGACGGGAAAACUCAUCGACCGAAUGGUGGAUUCGCUGGGAGGCACGCGUGCGAAGCCACUGGUUUGCGCCGACGAAGGAACCGGRUUGUUGGAAGAGACGGUGGAUCCCUGGAUGGAAACCAUUGCGCAAGACCUGGCAAACGCGUGUCUGGGAUUGCCCUCGUCGGCCGAGGCUUCCAGCAGCGAGGAGGAGAAGGUCGACACGAAUAAAAGCGCCAACGACGAGACCCCAUCGUCGGAAACAGCACCCGCUGCGGCAGAUCCCACAACAGAAUCGCCUUUGUCGGAAGCAGUUCCGAUAACCCCGGCACCCGAAAAAUCCCCUUCUCCCCUCUACAUUCUCUAUGCAUCGGCAACCGGGAAUUCCGAGGCGAUCGCCAAGGACCUGGCGGCGACCUACGAAAUGAUCCUGAACAACCCUGACUCGAAAACCUAUUUCCCGACGGUGGUAUGCGCCGAACUGAACCAAUUCAAAAAGGCCAAAUGGGCAGAGGAAGUGUGGAACCAGCCCCCUGCACCCGGAAACGACAGCGUCAAGCACGGGAUACUGAUCGUGGCGUCUACCACCGGAAACGGCGAUCCACCCGAAAACUCGGACAAGUUUCUCAGGUACCUGAAAAAAUCGGCCCGGGCCGCCGCUAAGGAUCCCACAUCGCGCCCGUUCCAGCACGUGGCCUUUGCGGUGCUGGGGCUCGGAGACACGAACUACGACCAGUAUUGCGAAAACGCGAAACUCUUGAACAAAUACAUGAGCGACCUGGGUGGCACCCAGAUCAAGCCGCUGACAUGCGCCGACGAAGGGACCGGACAGCUCGAAGAAGUUGUUGAUCGCUGGACGUCAACUAUCUUGAUGGAGGUGACCGAUGCCUGCCGCGGACAAUCGAGUGUGGAAGCCCCCGCUCCGGCAACGAAGAAACCAGCGGUCGUUGCCAAGAAAGAACGAAAGGUGGACGUCGAAGAGGAAAAAAAAGCAGACGACUCUGACGUCAUGGUUCAAUCCUCCCCUUCCAAUGCUCCGGGCGUCCUUAUAAUUCAAUCGCUCCUCGGCGACGACAUUCACAAAGCAACAAAAUCGCUUCCAAAGCCGACCCUGCAAUCGCACGUGAAGUCCGUGGAGUUUCUUUCGGAGAAUGCCGAGACCGCAACGAGCGCUGCGACCGACGACGACGAUCGGUCGGACGACGGAUCCCGAUACACACUCGAGCAACCCUACGAGUCUACCAUCAGGAGUGCCAGGUACCUGACGGCAACAUCCUCCGAUGCGGCAAACGAAAUCUGUGAGGGGAACGUGGUGGCGCGGGAUGUUUUGGAGAGGAGGUUUCCGCUGCACAUUGAGAAUGAUGUUUCCGAGGCCAGUCGCAACGGAAAACGCGUGAUCGAACUGGAGCUCGCCAUUCCCGACGAUAAUAGCUGGGAAUACCAGCCGGGAGACUCGCUGGGGCUGGYUAUCACCAAUACCACCGAGUCCGUCGAUUUCGUCCUCGGYAUGCUGAAAUCUCAUCACGGGAUUGUCCCCACUCAAAAAGUAUCCAUCGACUCUGGGGUCCCGCUGACCGUCGAAGAGGUGGUCAGAGAGAAGAUUGAUUUGUGCACGGUGCUAAAGACCCGCAAGGUCGUGCUUGCGCUUUCCCAGAUUUGUACCGAUCCCCAAGAACGGGCCGUGCUAGAACUGUUGUCCUCCAAGACGGAAAAAGGCGCUGAACUCUUGGAGACGUUUGUUCACGCCCAGCGCCGUUCCGUCGUGGAUCUCUUGCUCGAAUUUCCCUCGUGCCAGUGCAUCACCCUCCAGASUCUGGUCAGCAUUCUGCCACCCAUCCCACCCCGAUACUACUCGGUCAGUUCGAGUCCCCUCGACGACGCCAGGGGCAGCAGCCUGACUGUUGCGUUUUCGGUCGUCGAUUACCUGACGCCCUCGCUAAGUGGCAGCGAUGGCACUGAGCUCGGUGCCCGGCGCAUCCACGGCCUCGCUACUAGUCACAUUGAGGCGCUCUGCGCUCCGUUUUUGUCGUCGGUUUCGGGGGCCACGAACGAACCGGCCUGCGCCAUGAAAAUCUUUCCAAAACCUACCGAGGAAUUCCGUCUGCCGGAGGAUCUCGCCACCCCUCUCGUUCUGAUCGGUCCCGGAACGGGCAUCGCGCCAUUUAUGGGAUUUCUGUCGCAUCGCAAGGCGAUGGUGGCGUCGGGUGCCGACGACGCAGCCGGUCUGGUGGAGGUCUUUUUCGGUUGCCGGCACAGUGACCACGACUACUUGUACCGAGAGGAACUCGAGACCUUUGAAAAGGACGGUGUCAUUGGCCACAUGAACGUGGCGUUUUCCAGGGAUGGACCCAAGAAGGAAUACGUCCAGGACAUUAUGCUCAGCGACGAAGAGUGCUCAAAACGCCUGGCCGAUACCCUUCUGAACGCCAACGGUAGGGUUUACGUCUGCGGGGACGGGAACCACAUGGGCCGCGACGUGCAAUCGGCGUUUGCGAAGCUUCUCGGUCCGUACCUCGUCUCUUCCAACGAAUCGCCGGAGGAAUCGGGCAGGGCGUACGUGGAGAAGAUGAAGGGCGAAGGACGAUUUUUGUUGGACAUCUGGAGCUAGAACAUCUGGAGCUAGAAUGAUUGGUAAUGCACCGUUAUUUAGAAUUUCCAGUCACAGCCUGUCGAAUCUCUUUUACAUAUUUCUGGCAGAAAAACGUGUAUGCCAAUGAUGAUGAUAGUUUCGAAAGAAACUUGAAAAGAUUUC